AUGGAUGAUUUGCUCAGAGAUAUUUCUUCUGAUCCAACACCCGAAGUCAUAGCCAAGCUUAAACAGAUUGAAAAAUCACCUCUUGAUCCAGAAUUAAAGGAUUUUUUUUCAAAUAAUCCAUUUCCGAAAUCUGAUACUAACGAAUCUCACUUUAACUUCCAGAACAAUGACUUAGUAAUACUCAUAGUUCAUAAAAAUACAAAUCAAACAGAUAUAGACUUCUGCAUUUCAUAUUUAUUGUAUUCAUUUCUUUACUGGAAAGAACUAGAAGAUAAUAAAGAAAAAACAGAAUCUUUACUUAUCUUUUUAAAAUCAUUGAUUGCAUUUUCAACACAUGAUAUCAUUAAGAAAAUCGUUUUAUAUCUUUUUUCUUUUUAUUUUUAUCAAGAAGAACACAAAAACAUCCAACAAUUCGAAAUAUUUUUGCAAGAAUAUUACAAUAUUGAGCAAUUGCCAACGAAACAAUCAUUUCCUCUGCUUCCUGCUUAUAUAUCUUUGUAUGAAAAGAGUACUUUACUUGAUUUUGCGAUCAGAUACGUGAUGAACAAUGAGAUUACAUCAGAAGAAGCACUGGUUCUCGUUAAUUCAAUCAAAAAAAUGUUGUUUAAUCUGCGAAAAGAAGCAAUUUCUCUGUUUUGUCUGAUAAAUCCAUAUCUAAACCAAAAUAAAUCAGGUGAAAUCAUCAAAGAAUUUGUUCAAAAACUGUUUUUGAAAGUAAUAAAUUCGGAUUUUUCUUUUUACGUCGAAUACAGCAAAAAUACAUUGACAGAACCAACUAUUUCGACACAAAACCACGCAGUCAACUACGAACCAAUAAAAACAGACACUUUUUCAAAAAUAAAAUUUGAUUUGAAUUCAGAAUUCGUAAAACAACAAAUUUCUACAUCAAAAAUCAUCAGUCCAGACAUAAGAGAAAACUUCAAGAUGUUUGCUCAUGCAAUUUUGAGUACAAACGCGUAUCUUUUAAAUAUCUUCACUUCAACAUUGUUUGGAAAGCUCGAGGAAGCAGCCGAUAAAGGAAAUUUUUGGGAAAUUUACGCUUUACUACUUUACACCCUCAGAAAAACGAAAAAAUGUUUAUUAGAUUUUAUAUUUCAUCCUGUAGUGUUCCAAACUGAUAAAAGAGAUGACAACAUAGGUAAAUUGGUCAGAUAUGGCACAAAUAUCAUCUUAGAUGAAAAAAAUUUCUCAUCAAUUUCAUUUUUAUUAAAUUCAACGAUAAACUACAAUUUUGUGUUUGAAAAUGUACUCAGAACCUUCAUAAAGAACAUAAAUAUCAUUGUAAAAAUGAGUUACGAGUCUCCAGAGCUGAUUUCCUUAUUUUCCAGAUUAUCAAAACAUUUUCAGCUGAAAUGA